AUGGUGCUCAGCGCUCUCCGCGGACGCGCCCGUACUGUGCGCCUCCUGGUCGCCCGCAGCGCACGACAACGUGGCGUCCAACGUGCUGCCUUCGCUACCCAAUCGAGCGUGUAUACGUGGGGUACCGGUACUAUGGGCCAAUUGGGACACGGCGAAGUCGUCAAAAGCGGCAUCCGCAAUGCGUACGAAGAUCUCACACCCAAGUUGCUCGAAGCGUUCGAAGGCAGAGACAUCACCCGCUUGGACUUUGGCGCUAGUCACAGCGCUGCCAUUGAUGAGAAUGGCAAGCUGUUUGUGUGGGGCUCGAACGAGUACGGCAAGCUGGGUCUCGGAGAGAGCAACGAGAUGGAGGUUUUGCCACGUGAAGUGGAGGCACUUCAAGGCAUUGAGAUCGUCGACGUGUCUUGUGGAGAUUACUUCACAGCUGCGGUAGACGCAGACGGCAAAAUGUACUCGUGGGGCUGGGGAGGAUCUACGAUGAAGGGCGCUGGCGGACUUGGCCACGCUGGCGGCAAGGACGAGCCCACGCCACGACUGCUGACGACAUUGGUCGAUCAGGGAGUGCCUAUCUCUACAGUGAAGUGUGGCGAGUUUCACACGGUGGCGCUCACCAAGGACGGGGAGAUCUGGGCUUGGGGCAAUGGCGAAUACGGGAGACUGGGCAAUGGCGAGUCCGACACGUGCGAAGUGCCCGAGCCGAUCGAGUUUUUCUCUAAUGACGUCGUGGUGUCUAUCGCUGCUGGACGCGACUUCUCUUUUGCGUUGACGGACAAGGGCGAGUUGUACAGUUGGGGCGGCAACAGUCAUAACCAGCUGGGUAUCGGUGGUGGCUUAGCGAUGGAUGUAUACAACAUCGAGUCGAUACCGGUACUGGUAGAAGCGUUCAAUGGACUGUCUGUUAAGCAGAUUGCUGCCGGCUACGACCACGCUGCCGCGGUGACAGAGGAUGGUCGGUUGUACAUGUGGGGCGCCAAGAUCUGGAUCGAGCCACACGAGAUGACGGCUGUGAACGAGCACAAGGUGGUUCAAGUGGCUUGCGGACGACAGUACACGGCAGCUUUGACUGACAGCGGCAAGAUCUUUACAUUUGGCAAGGGUAGCUCCAACUGCCUGGGCCACGGCGAACGGAAGAACCAGCUGCAGCCUUUGCAAAUCGAGGCUCUCGCCAAUAUCAACGUUACCUCGGUCUCGUGCGGUGAUUUCCACAUGGGCGCUAUUGCAACACCUCACACUGAGGCUGCGGACGUCGACUUUUCUUUUCGCAAGUAG